GCCCUACGCCGAGCUGUAUGAAAACCCCUGGACCAUCCCAAAUAUGCUGUCCAUGGCGAGAAUGGGUCUGGCGCCAGUUUUAGGCUAUUUGAUUGUCGAGGAGAAUUUCAGCGUUGCCCUCGGUGUCUUUGUCCUGGCUGGCGUGACAGACCUGUUGGAUGGAUUUAUUGCACGGAACUGGGCUAAUCAGAAAUCAGCACUGGGAAGUGCUCUCGAUCCCCUGGCAGAUAAAAUUCUUAUCAGUGUGCUCUACGUGAGCCUAACUUGUGCAAAUCUUAUCCCAGUUCCACUGACUUCCAUGAUUAUCCUGCGGGAUGCGGCGCUCAUUGCUGCGGUUUUUUACGUGCGGUACAAAACUCUUUCUCCACCGAGAACACUGAGUAGGUAUUUUAACCCCUGUUAUGCUACUGCACAAUUAAAACCAACAUUCAUUAGCAAGAUGAACACAGCAGUUCAGCUGAUUUUGGUGGCGGCUUCUUUAGCAGCUCCUGUUUUCAAUUAUGUGGACAGCAUAUAUCUGCAGACAUUAUGGUGCAUCACAGCUUUCACAACGGUGACAUCUGCCUACAGCUAUUACCACUAUGGCAGAAAAACUGUCCAGGUGAUCAGGAACAAGUGAAGUGGUGCAGGUGAUAAAGGUGAAGUGUUCCUGGAAGGGCAGGAAGGUGCUGUGCCCCAAGAGGUGGUGGUAUUGCAGCUGAGUUUUGGAUCAAAGCACUCUUUGUUUUUCUGCUUAAACCAUGGCAUCACAAUGAAGUGAAAUUUGAACAUGUACUGUGUAUAUAUGUAGAGAGAGACUUUUCAAUGUAUUUUUAAUUUCUUUAAAAAUGAGGUUGUUUACAAAAACAAAUAAAUAAGAUUCUUAAAAACAUGGGUUACUUGUUGCUGCCAUGUGAAUUCUGAGUAUUUCAUGCUGUUUUUGAAGUCAAGACACACACUUGGCACCAGAUGUGUCUUGCCACAUUCAUGCAAGGCACUGAGUACACUGGGAUCUGAGAGGAAAAAGCAAUUACAGGGACAAAUUUGUACCUCAGCCUAAGUCAGUAAACCAUCACUGCUCAUUAGGACUUAAUGACCCACCUGAGGUUGCAGCAGAAGAUGUCAUCGAGGGACAGUAUCUUCAGAAAUUCAAAGCAGAGAGAAAUUUUGCUUUAUAUUCCGUGGGUGAUAUGGAUAAGCCAUGAAGAGUUCCUGCCCUGCUGCCUUUUGUUUUUAAAGAUGAGCAAUGGUGAACUGUACUCAGAGUUUUUGGGAAAGGUCGGCGGUGCUGUGAGGAGUCUGUAUCCAAAUGGAGUUAAGUCUCUCAUCCUAUAUGUUAAUUCCUAGUGAUUGAAGGAAAUUCCUGUAUCUCCAAAUGCUGUAAAGCUUCUAAAGAUGUUGUUUAAUCCAAAUACCACUGGCUAAAGAGGACAUUUGAAAUACUGUCCAAAUGAAUGGAGACAGUGCAAGAAACUUUUAGAUGUGUUUGCUGUUAAUUCUUCCUGUACUUCUAGCUUCAAGAUGUACUCUGUUCUCCCUCUCAUGCUAGGACAGCUUGUUCUUAGCCUGUUCUCUGCCUGUGAAACCGAAGAAAGAACAAAGCAGAACAGGUCAAGUUGAUCAUAAACUCGUAUUUUCUCUUUGUGAGCAACGUUCUCUUUCAU